UGAGCAUCAUUGUUUACCUGAGCUGAGACUUUAAGUUUCCGGAGAAGUUUGUUUUGCCUCGAUAAGCCAUCGCAAGACUACAGCCAACAUGGAUAUAAUUAUCACUAUGGUGGGUGGGUCCCACACCGUGAGGGUGAGCCCACAGGACCCAGUUGGCUCUCUGAAAAUAAAAAUCCAGAGCAUGCUGGGAGUCGACCCCCAGAGGCAGAGGCUGGUUUUCAUAAACGGCCAGAAGACCCCUCUCAACGACGACUCCAAACCCAUCAGCUACUACGGCUUACAGCACGGCUCCCAGGUGUCCCUGCUGGUCACCGAGCCUCCUCCACCUGCUCCCAUCCAGGUGUUCCUCAGAAAUGAAAAGGGACAGAUGAGCACCUACGACAUCAGGCUCGACGAGACUGUGAGCAACUUCAAGAACAGAGUCGAGAAAAGAGAGGGGGUGCCAGCGAGCCAGCAGAGGCUCAUUCACCAAGGCCGGGAGAUGCAGGGUGGCAAACUGGAGGACUACAACGUCAGAAACCACAGCACCAUCGACUUGACUUUACGUCUGAGAGGAGGCUGAGGACACUUUAACAUGAUUCAUACACCAGAAAGCCCAUGAAUGUUAUUUAAUUUUAAUGAUAUCGACCAAUCUUGUAUAUAUAUUUUUAAUUU